AUGGAAGACUUGGCAUGUUACCAGAACACUUAUUUCAUGGAUGGCGGUAAUCGCUUCAUAUCACUCCCUACACUGGGCAAUACCAACACUAAAGCAGCAGCACAGGUUUCAAGGUUCUUUGAAGAGUGGCUCGAGCACAAAGUCUACAACAAACAACCAGACGACCCGCUACCCAUUCUGGAAGAUGGCAUCGAUUACAUCGCACACGACAUCUUGGCACAGCUGAAAAACAAUAACCGGUUACUGGGCCUCGCCAAAGUCUUUGUUAAGAUCCGUACUGGUCACGUCUAUACCUACCAUCAACUCGAGGAUGGUCAGCCACUGAUCACACAAGAUAUGGAAGAGUUUUUUCAGCAGUUUCCACUAUUUGUCGAAGUAAUCAUCCGCACCUCGUCCUCGCCAUCAACUUCUUUAUCUAAAAACGACGACGAUGAAAUCAGCAAUAGCGAUACUAGUAGUUAUAGUAAUACCGUUCUACUCGAAGUCGAAAACGUUACCGUGAACCCGGGCAAUCCAUACAGGAUUAUGGAACAUAUUUCUUAA